CGAACCUACAAAUCCCAGGCCACCAAAGCAGAAUGUGCGAACUUAACUGCUGUGCCACCGGGCCGGCCCCAAAUUUCUUUUUUCUUAUGCUGAAAAAUUGAAAGCAUAAGAAAUUACAGUUUCUAAUAAAACUGACAUUAACUAUUUGCUUUAUCCUACGAGAUAUGAGUUUCAACAUAACAAUACCAAUAUUAUUACUAAAAAUAAGAGUACUAAAGGCAGGUUAAGAUUUCUUUGUGCUUAUUCUUGUCUCUAAGAUAUAUCCCACAAGAGAUGCACAAAGUACUGAGUUUUAAAAUUACUUGAAAUAAUCCUUCUCUGUAUGGUUGUGCCUCCAUCUAGAUACACAGCUAGGUUUCUUUGUUUCAGGCUGCUUUUGAUUUUUAGAUAGUUUUAUUUUUUAAGAUUUAAUUUUUAAAACAUUUAUAUGAUUCCAAAUUCAAAACUAUGAAAACAAGGUACAAUCAGAAAGAACCGUUUUCCAUCUCUGUCCCUUUUUCUCUCUCCAUUCCUUCCAUCCUCCUAUUGGUAACCAUUUUCAUUAGUUUUUGGUUCAUCUUCCCAUUGUUUCUUUUUGAAAAUACAAACAUAUAUAUGGAGGAAAUGCUAUUUUCAAAGACCACUUCUUGGGCACUAUGGAUAUUCAGUACUGUUGAAUGGCUGGAGUGUUGUGUGCAUCUCCACCUUAUUUCUUGCUCAGAAGCUAGCAUAUAUACACACCCUUGUGCAUCACCAUGCUUUUUUAACAGUAAAUCCUAAAAUCAUCCUGAAGCAGUGUAAGGAAAUGUUCUUUAUUAAGGAGUAAAAUGCUCAUUACGUGGAUGUUUCAUUGUUUAUUCACCCAGGCCUACACAGAAGGACUUUGGGCUGUUUCCAGUGUUUUGUUUUCACAAAAGUGCUGUUAAGAGUAAGUGUGUGAAGCAGUUGUUUCUUAUUUGGAGAAGAGAUUGAAGUGGACUACUAAAUCAAAGAAUAAAUGCAGAUGUUGUUUUGAUGGAUGUUACAGCAAUGUCCCUCCUCUCAUCCUCAAAUUGUAUAACUCAGGCAGAAUAAGAAAGAAAAUAAGAAAUUUAGUAGUGAGAGAAAUUUCAUUUCUAACUGUUCCUACAAAGAUUUCUCUCUGGUAAAAAUUUUAAAUUACUAUAUUGAUGUAAUAAAGAGCAUCACAUAUAUUGCUGCACAACUUUAGUUUUUCUAUAUUGAAAACUAUGAAAGAAACUUAUUUUAAACUACAAAUAGCAGGUAUAGUAAGAAGAAAGGUAGGGUGGAAGAUUUAAAGACACAAGUUUUUUUCUGGCUGUUGUAGCUUUGAAAUUCCAUGAUUUUAUGAGUUACACCCUGGGAUUCCCUAAAAUAGGGUAGAAAUUAAUCAUUUUAAAGUAAAUGGAACAAAAAGCCCCAUUCCUAUUUAUUCCAAAUUCCAUAUUUUUGGCAAGUUUUGACACCUAAAGAAAGCAAAAUAGCCUUUGUUUAAGUACAAACCCGUUUUUGGUAGGUAAUGCAUUUUAUAUAUAAUACAGGACUGGAACCACAGAGCCCGAGCCAACACUCUGAGGCAGUUUAAUGAGGACUUCCUGUGACCAACCAGCUCCAAGGAAAAGGAUCUGCCUUUCAUCUAAACGGGCAGAGAACAGGCAGAACCGGAUUCUCCAGGUGUGAAGUAAGCAAUUUGUUCUCCUCAUUUGAUAUUAACAGCAAAAGGACAACUUUAUCUCCAACUUAUUUCACUUCAGUAUUUGGCUUUCAAUUAAGUUAACUAUACGAAACUACAGAAAUUAGCCUGUGAACUACAAGGCAGUGACUUAAACAAUUUGAUCAAAACGUUACGGAUGGUACUCAGUUUUUCUCUCCAAGGCAGGACGACAACACCACAGGCGGAAAGCAGCCUAAGGAACAAGACACAGGAGGAAGGGGAAGAUGAAAGACCGACUUCAGGAGCUAAAGCAACGCACAAAGGAGGUGGAGCUCUCUGGGAACAGGCCAGUGUCGACCACAGCCGCAGAGGAGCACGAGGCACUUCCCCAGCAAGCAGUUCUUUAUGAAAGAGAGCCUGUAGCAGAGAGGCACCUGCAUGAGAUCCAGAAGCUACGGGAGAGCAUCAACAACCUGACGGACGACGUCCAGCGGUUUGGGCAGCAACAGAAAAGUCUGGUGGCUUCAAUGAGAAGGUUUAGUCUACUUAAAAGAGAGUCUAGCAUCACAAAGGAGAUAAAAAUCCAAGCUGAACACAUUAACAGAGGUUUGGAUGAUUUAGUAAAAGAAGUUAAAAAAUCAGAGGCUGAAAAUGGCCCAUCAUCAGUGGUCACAAGGAUACUGAAAUCUCAGCAUGCCGCGAUGUUCCGCCACUUUCAGCAAACCAUGUUUGUGUACAAUGACACAAUAGCAGCAAAGCAAGAGAAGUGCAAGACAUUCAUUUUCCGUCAGCUUGAAGUAGCUGGAAAAGAAGUGCCUGAAGAAGAAGUAAAUGAUAUGCUUCAUCAAGGAAAAUGGGAAGUUUUUAAUGAAAGCUUACUUAUGGAAAUCACUAUCACUAAAGCACAACUCUCAGAGAUAGAACAGAGACACAAGGAACUUGUUAACUUAGAGAACCAAAUGAAGGAUUUAAGGGACCUUUUCAUUCAGAUAUCUCUUUUAGUAGAGGAACAAGGAGAAAGCAUCAACAAUAUUGAAAUGAUAGUGAACAGUACAAAAGAAUAUGUUAACACUACUAAAGAGAAAUUUGGACUAGCUGUAAAAUACAAAAAAAGAAAUCCUUGCAGGGUAUUGUGUUGUUGGUGUUGCCCAUGCUGUGGCUCAAAAUAAAGAAGCUACUUUAGAAAACGUUCCAGCUUUAGAAUGAAGAAUGUCCCAUUUUUCAGUGUCUUAUAUUGUUCUUCUUCAUUUCACAGAUCCAUUCACAUAUCUUCUAUCACUAUUAACUCAUAAUUUUCCCCAUUAGUCCUUACCCAGCAGAAUUACAGAAACUUCUGAAGCCAGUGUCAUGAAAGAAGUCUUCAUUUACUAAACUACAAACAGUACAGUUAGCUUUAAACUCACAGGUUAACUACCGACCGUGAGAUGAAUGAUCUUAAGCUUCCAGUCAGGCACCAAGCUCUAUUACAUACUUUUGUAACUUCCAAUGCCUUAACAAGAUGAACAUCGAUAAACGAUAACUACUUAAAUAACCCUUUUGGCUCAUCUGAGAGGAUUCUGGUAGUUAAGAAUUGUAUAAAACAAGACCUCCAAGGGUGCCAUAUUAAAACAAAAUCCAACUAGCAGCUGUAUCGAAUCUUUUAUGCUGAGUUAGGACAGUUAAUUCAGAGGUCGGCAAACCCUGGGAAGACCCACGUAUGUAUCUGAUGAUGAGUCCAGUUGGUAACUGGGAGCUGAAUCUAGCUUAAGGCCUAAGAAGGUAAGUUAAGGCACUGUUUUCCUGAACUUAGGUCCAUUCAGGACACUGUACUAUAGAUUAGGAGAGGUGGCAAAUAAAAUGAAAAAUAAAGGCAAAUAUACCCUUGAAAGUUUCUCCAUCACUGGUGUUGUGAAGCCAGGUACUACACUGUGGGCUUGGGAUAGAGUCUGAACCCACACAGGGACAGAGUUUAGGACCGCAUUCUAGGGAAGAAAGUAGACAGCACAUACAAACACGAGAUCACGUCACAUUCUCGGCAGAGACUUAGCAAGAGAAGACUCAGUGAGAUAAAGACUGUCAGGGUGGCUUCUUUUGGUUAGGUAGUCAAUGAAAGCCUCUCUGAAAGGGAAUACUAAGUGAGGAUCUGAAUGAUGAGGACAAGGGAGGGUAUAUUCCAGGAAGAGAAAACAAAGAGUGCAAAGACUAUGAGGGUAUAACUUACUCGGUUCAAGGAAAAAUGAGCAGUACAGCUUAUCAGAGUGGCAAAAACACAGUCAGGUAAGAGAGGAGGUUAAGAAAGGUCAGCAGGUGGCGUAGCAUGGUGGUGUAGUGGUUAAGUUCACACGCUCUGCUUCGCUGGCCCAGGUUUCAUGGGUUUGGAUCCGGUUCAUGAACCCACAAACUGCUUAUCAUCCCAUGCUGUGGCGGCAUCCCACAUACAAAAUAGAUGAAGAUUGGCAUAGGUGUUACCUGAGCGACAAUCUUCCUCGAGCAAAAAGAGGAGGAUUGGCAACAGAUGUUAGGUCAGGACCAAUCUUCCUCACUAAAAAAAAUUGAAAGGUCAGCAGGGGUUAAAUUUAAGGCUUUGUAAGUCAUGCAAGUCUGAAGUUUACCUAUUUUUUCUAUCCUUUCUAAGACUGUGCCAUAUCCUUUUACUUAGUGUCUUACUGAUACUUGUUUACAAUUGCUCCUAAAAUGUUUAUCAUGAAAACUGAGAACAUGAAGUACUAUUUAAUAUUCAUGAGCACAAUUAUAUCCAGAUGAACUUGUAAAAUAGCAAUUUUCUAUUAGCAUUUAUAUCUGCACAUAGUGCUUUUAAAGCAAGACGUAAGCACAGAUUCAUCACAAAGCAAUGUAUCGCAAUUUUCACUGUUAUAUUUGAAAACCCAUUAGUAUUACUCUAACCUAAGCAACAACACCAACAUGACAUUUAACUAAUUAGUUGCUGAACAGUUUGUAUGUUUUAUUCACACACUUAAAAGGCACUAAAAGUAGUAUUUUUUUCCUUAAAAUUACUACCUUAAGGAAAAAAUUCUUAAGCAUUAGAGGCACAAUAUUAGGAAUCUACUGGUUUUAGAGGUAUCCCAUAAUAAAACAAUAAAAUUCUUAUGAGCACUUGGGCUCAUAUUCUUACCUACUAAACUACAUCAUUUUCUUAAUCAAAAGCUUCACACAGCCUGAAUUCAUAUGGCGAGACACUUUAAAACUGGUUCUCCUAAUUUAUCUCCACCUAGACACAGCAAAUCAUUGACAGUAACUAUUCAUAUCCACCAUCACUUUGACAGAACACUGGUAAAACACUGCACUGGCUGCCUUAAACACAUUAUUCGGAAUUCACAUGACAACACAGGUAUUAAAACCCUUAUUUACAAGUGGAGACACCAAAGCUCAGAAGGAUUAAGCCAACUACCCAAGGCCUGUCUGACUCCAAAGCCCACGCUUUCCCCUACCCGAGUAGUUCUCAAUUUUUGCUCUGCAUUAGAAUGAUCUGGAGAACCUGUGAAAAAAGCAGAAGCAUCACUGGCCCCGCAGAACUUCAGGACGUCCGGGCUGAUGCUGAUGCAGGGGGUCCCUAGACAACAUCGUGCCGCCUAACACUGCCGGCAGGUUUUCUCCAUUAUUUUGCUUUUAAACAGAGCGUGUUGAGGUGGGGAGGGGGGGGACGGGAACAUCUGCAGGCUCCUUGU